AUGGAGGGGAGAUUGCAUUUUUCUGUCGCUUCUGUCGUGGAAAAUGUUCUUCAGCAGCAUGGGAAACGAUUGAGUGAUAUGGAUUUGGCAUCAAGAAAAGCGGAGGAAGCUUCCUUGAGAAGAUAUGAAGCAGCCAGGUGGCUAAGAAAGGUAGUUGGAGUUGUUGGAGCCAAAGAUUUUCCAGCUGAGCCAUCAGAAGAAGAAUUCAGGCUCGGGUUGAGAAGUGGGAUUAUCCUUUGCAAUGUUCUCAACAAGAUUCGACCUGAUGCUGUGCCUAAAGUAGUUGAAGCACCUUCUGAAUCUGUAGUUAUUCCUGAUGGGGCAGCCUUGUCUGCAUACCAGUAUUUCGAAAAUGUAAGAAACUUCCUCGUCGCUGCGGAGGAAAUGGGGCUUCCGACCUUUGAAGCCUCUGAUUUGGAACAGGGAGGGAAAUCUUCAAGAAUAGUAAAUUGUGUACUAGAACUGAAAUCAUACAGUGACUGGAAACAAGGAGGUGGAAAUGGAUCAUGGAAAUUUGGUGGAAAUCUGAAACCCCCUUGCUCCAGUAAGCAAUUUGUAAGAAAAAAUUCUGAGCCAUUUAUGCGUUCCAUUUCAAGGACCUCAUCAAUCAGUGAGAAAUCUAUGGAUAGUUUGUUUAGUGAUCCAGUCUUGAGCAGUGAUCUUGGGAAUGACCUUGAUGAAAUGGGUAACCCUAGCUCCUUGAACAUGCGUGUCCAUGAAAUUCUUUUGGACAAGAAACAAGAAGAAAUUCCAGUAAUUGUAGAGAAUAUGCUAAGAAAAGUUAUGGAGGAAUUUGAGCAUCGGUUAGCAAGCCAAACGGAACAG